CUCCUCUCAGUGAAGAAGGAACUCCGGCGUCUAAAAGAGUAAUUGAUGGAGGUCGUGUGGUCAAACCAUUAGCUUUUACUUUUUAAACUGCUUUACCUGGCUCAAAGGCAGAAGACGAGCGUUCUAGUGAACGCUGAGCGGGAGGACCUCGAGGUGUGCGUGACAAUACAUAUCUGAACUUUUGUCUGGCUCUGACCAUUGGCAGUGAUGGCAUUCCGUGAGUUCACAUCCACAGCUGCACAGCUGUAUGACAACUGGAUAAAAGGUGCAGACCCCAGGACAGAAGACUGGCUGCUCAUGUCCUCGCCGCUGCCCCAAACAGUUAUUAUUGCAUUUUACAUCUACUUUGUUAUGUCACUGGGGCCCAGGUUAAUGGAGAACAGGAAGCCAUUUGAUCUGAAACGGGUCCUCAUCGUCUAUAAUUUCAGCGUUGUGGCUUACUCUCUUUACAUGUGUUAUGAGUUCGUAAUGUCAGGCUGGGGAACGGGGUAUUCUUUCCGCUGUGAUCUAGUAGACUACUCCCGAUCGCCACAAGCAAUGAGGAUGGCAUGGACUUGCUGGCUUUAUUACUUCUCCAAGUUUAUUGAGUUGAUGGACACAGUAUUCUUUGUGCUGAGGAAAAAGCACAAUCAAGUGACCUUCCUGCAUGUCUUCCAUCAUUCCAUCAUGCCUUUCACUUGGUGGUUUGGGGUUCGGUUUUCUGCAGGUGGUAUGGGGACUUUACAUGGUCUUCUGAACUGCAUCGUUCAUGUCAUCAUGUAUACUUACUACGGACUGUCAGCUUUGGGCCCUAACUACCAGAAGCUUUUUUGGUGGAAGAAAUAUUUGACUUCAGUACAGCUCAUCCAGUUUGUCAUCAUAACCUUACAUAUUAGCCAGUACUUCUUCAUGAAAGACUGUCCCUAUUUAUACCCCGUAUUCAUCUACGUCAUUGCUCUCUAUGGGAUCAUCUUCCUCCUCCUCUUCCUCAACUUCUGGUACCACGCAUACACAAAAGGCAAAAGGCUUCCUAAAGGCCUGCAAAACACAGCCAUGCAACAGAACAACAAUGACAUACACCACAAGAAAGAAUAACGGGUGCAGUGUGACUAACCAAUCAGCAGUGACAAUCUACCUAAAACCACCUUUUGGCUACAAUUUUAUAAGACUAUAUUCAUGCCAUAACAUUUAUCUUGAUGCCCUGGGAAAAAUGUUACUGUACAGACUGUGUGUUGCAGUCUGGGCUGGAUCUUGCCUUUUACCCUCUUGAAUGGUGGCACUGCGACUGUCCUUGAAGGAACCGAUGCAUUGAUCUCAUCUUGCACUAUUGGUGAAGAAGGACGGGAAUUUGGUUACCUUUAUGAAUUUAUAUAUCGUCAUGAAUGUCUUAGGAUGCUUUUUUUUCUGGGACAGGAGCUUGAAAUUUUUGUACACAGGUAUUUGUUUAUUAACUUUUAAAUAUUUAUGAAAAAAAUAAAUGCUGUAUUCAUUUAAA